AUGUCACAUGGGGCGCUCUCGCCGCUGCCGCCGACGUACGACGAGACGCUAGCCGAGUGUCGGAAGGGCGUACCGGAUUCUCUGCGCCCAGCGGUGUGGUUCUUCCUCUGCACGUCGGAGCGCGAGCCGUCGCCAGCCAAGAUCGAAGCCACGUACGCCGCUGCGACAAAAGAUAUCUUCGGGCCGACCCUGCCAGCAUCGAUUGCUGCCGCGCCGAUGUUUGGCAAGCCGACCUCGUCACAAGUCACGUUGGAGCUGAGCCCGGCGUUGGCCGUCGCCCACCGCCGGCUUUCCAUAGUACUGCGGCGACUCCAUGGCGUGGAUCAUUGCCGCGUACUGCCAGAACUAAUGCGCUUGUGUCUUCUCGUCAACAUCACGGAAGCUCAAGUGUAUUGCAUGAUGCGGAGCUUGUUGCAACGCAGUCGCCCCAAAGAUGAGUGGAAGCUCCCGACGUCGCCGGCCCACGAGCUUGCCGUUAUCGGUCAUCUAAAGGACACCGUGGCGUGGCGGUACCCACUGCUCGCGACUGCGAUGCAGCGCCAAGGAGCAUGGGAUGACUCGUACUUUGCCGACACGAUCCACAGCUUCCUCAUCCCUUAUGUCGCUCUCCGGAUUGUGGAUGCGUACCUCGGUGAAGGGCCAAAGAUCCACUGCCGCUUUCUCAUGGCUCUGCUGAAGCUCCACAAAGCUCCCAUGGCGGCAGAGAUGACGGCCACCGGCGCCGCAUGGUGGGCGCUCUUCGCAACGCGCACUCGGGCGAACUCGAUGGCGGAAAUUUGUACCGUCGCCUAUCGAAAGUGGUACGGGUACCUCUUUCGACGUCAGAACUUUGAGUUGCGACUCGCGACAACGCCGACGGCGUACGUGGAUGUAUCGACGAUCGACGAAUAUGGGAGUCCACUGCCUCUUGUCGUCGAUAAGUCGGCGCCACCGAUGCUGCUUGACGCAACACGUGACUCUAUCCUCUUGACGUGGCUGCCUGCGACCGAGCAGUUGAAGCAGCUGCAACGCUGCUACUGCGCAAUCCAGCAAGCGUACCUCUCGCACGGCGUCGGGCCGCGUGACCAACUCUUCGGCGACAAAAAUUGCUUCGUGGCUUCGCUUGCGCCGGCUAUUAAGUACGCGGCCACUGGAACGCGCGCCAAGUUUGUCAUGUGCCAGCCGUCUCUUCUUGCCAUCGUCAGGCCACAGAUGUCUUUUGGCAACCCACCACUCGGCGGCACGGAAGAAUUCGACGUCGGCGACAUUGAAGCGUACAAGUUUGUUCUCUAG